GCUGUGAAAUGAGUGAUAUUUUGUGGUUUUUUACAUACAUGUUAGAUAUAUUGCAUGGAGCUGGUCCUUGUUGGAUAAGUUUAUAACUCUAAAACCAGAAAUGAUUUUGUUCUUUCCUGACAUGAUUCUCCUCACAGGCUAAUGAAUAUGAAACAUGGCAUACAUGCAUUUGGUUGGUUUCUUUUGCCCCAUGUCAACUUGAUAUCCCUCUGAGUCCCAUUUUGAACAAAGUUUUCAAAAUAAAUCGAAAUCCGAAAAACUCCUUUUGUUUUUCCUAUUUGACAAACAAUAAACGAUACAUAGUCAUCUUCUGGCUGAGUGAGUAAAUGAGAUCGACAUCAAAAAAAUAUUGAAUAUGAUUCGUUUUGAGUACUCUAAAUGAUAUCUUUGGCACCACAGUGACCUGUUGCGACUUUGUUUGCAUCUGCCUUUUGUGAAAAUUCUUCAUGACUAGCAUCUGUCCACUACUGCGUACACAACAUUCCUCUACAAAAAUUUGAAAGUGAUUACAGAUACGUUACAAUACGACAAUCAUGACGAACAACGAGGACAUGAAGGAUGGUGGGAAUGGCGCUGCGCCUCCACCUGUUGGAACACCUGCACCUGCUCCUGGAGGCGCAACGAGUUUCGCACAGCUCGCAUCACUGCAGCAGCUGCUUCCUGGACAACUUCCUGCGACAGGCCCGGGCACAACUGAGCGCCUGUCUAAUACUAGUGCUAGCGCAUACCAAAACAUGCUCUUGCAGCAGCAACAAGGCGGAGCUCAGCACCAACAACCCUUGUUCAACGGCCCAAGCCUGCCGCAUGUAGACACACUGAGCAGUGUCUCCGAGCCGGUUUCUGUUGAUGACUUAGAGGCGAUUUUGCGUGAUUGGAACAUCGAGGAUGGAGAUCAAAUUCUUUCGGUCAGCAGCUCACGGCGAGGGGCGAGCCAGCGUCUGGGUGACAUAAGCGAAUGCGAGCAAAUAACUGUAGGGGGAAACAGAGGCGAAGGCGGAGGUCACCAGGCAGGUUCUGGCGUAGACCUUGAUUCGUGGACAGCCGAACUGUUGGGACAGCUUGGAAAUUGCGAAAACGACCAUACCCGAGCAACGGAAUGCAUCAAACAGUUUUUGAAGGUAUGAAACUACUAUGCAUAAGUACAAUUAUACUUGUGUACUACAUCUCCAUCUCGCGAACGUCAACAUAAUUAAUUGAUGACAUCAUGUCCCCGCACCUUUCUUUUGUUUUUCUUGUUUGUCAAUUGCUGCAUGGCAAAGCCUCCAAAAAGUAAAGUAAAAGUAAAUCACAACAUUUCAAAAAUCCUUCUCAGGCGUUCGAGACUCAAGCAACAGCAGAAGUGACGAAUCACCGCAAAAGUCUCGCGAACGCGAAUCGCAUUUUACUAAAGACCUUGCAGCGAGUACACCAAAAUCAUAAGCAGUUAUCCGCAGCAAUGCCCCAAAUUCAGAAGCAGGUACACAACUACCUCUACCUUUUUGUGAUAGUGAUUUCUUGAUGUUCAUGAUGAUAUUCAUCAUUGUUCUCGUAGUAUUGCUUACUUCUACAUCUACGUAUGAUGUGCUGGAGGUGUACUCCUUGAUGUUUCAAGUUUUUCCAACUCACGACUACGACAGCUCGAAGAGCAGCGAACACGAGCUGAAGUUGCGGAGUCCAGAUGUAAAGUUCUCGACCUACACCUCCAACACGCGAUGGCCUCUCCUCAUGAAAACAACAUGCCAAGGUGACGCUGUGGUAGGUUCGCUGCGCAUCAUCUGUGUCUUGUUCCUACAUCGUCAGAUAGUACGGAGAAUGAAACAUCAUGAUGAUGAUGCGUAGCAGAAAUUUCUUGAGAGGGACGAAGCAGGAACAGCAUCAUCUUCACGCGAUGAUCUUCUUAACAUUAAGAAGCUGCAAGAGGACGGGCGAAGCCAUAAUUCUCAUUCGGAAUCCACGAACAUAGGACGCGGAUGUGGGACCUGGAACAGCGUCCUGCUACGGGUCGUGGAUAAACCAGUACCAGAAAAAAAAUGAAAAUCUAGAACACAAAGGAUCGAGCUGGGCUUGUGCUCUUUUUUACAGUGCCGAUCCGCGCUUGGCGUUCAAUGUCUUCCCACGUCGCAAUCUCGCUAGUACGCGUGAGUCCCAUAUUGAGGAGGUGGACAUCAAGUAGCCACCCUUAAUAUCUGUUGUACUUCUCGAACUUUCAAAGGCGAUGCUUCUGAUCGCACUGUGGUUGACAUCUUGUUUAAAAACCAACGUCCUCCAGUAUAAGUAUGGACGGCGUUACUUUCCCGUUCCCGUAAUUUCUCCCACGAUCAGAAUCGACCAUCAUCUCGACAGAAGAAACAACAUCACCAAAGCGAGUGGACUUUAUGUGGUCGACCCGAUUUUUUACGAAUCUAACUAGAUAAGCUCCUCCACAACUUCUCUCCCUCGACGACACUCACACGAACGACACCCGCCGAUAUGGAUUCACAUGUUGAUACUAGAACAUGAAGGUGCAACAGGCACGACCACUGCCGCCUCCACUACCUUUUUUUUGCUAUUUUGGGAUAUAAUCAGGACAUUCUUGUAGUUGCGAUCAUCGUGUAAUUAACGACCCUCGUAACCAGACUCACUCUGAAAAAUGGGUCAAGUAAGUAAGUAGAAACCGGAAUACUAGUGUUAAAGCGACAAGGCUGAUGGAGAAGGAGAAUUGAAAAAACAGCUCCAACUACUAGGUACUAUAUUUUAUCUAAUUAAGAUAAAGAUAUCCAUUCGCCUUGUUCGAGUUCGACAUAUUUGUUGUUCUGUCUUCAUACAAAUAUUUGACUUUAAAAAUUUCUGUACAUCCUUAGGUUGUGACAUUCCCGCACGACAUGUCAAUUUGUUUUUGACCGUAGUUAGAAUAGAAAUAGUUAGUCGGAAUUUCAUGCCUUGCCCGCUCGUAGAAAACAUGGCUGUAGUACAGGAGGAAAUCGUUACAUGAAUCUUCAACAUAAUUCUCUGGUGAUAAACACUUUUUUACCCUCCGCCAUCUCAACAUCCAUCAAGUAGGUUAUUCGCUAUCUUGACAUUUCCUUCGAAGAUGUCAACUUUCAUACUUCUGCCUCGUCGAGGAGGGUUUGACCUUUUUCUGAUGUCAUGAAGAUGUAGUCAUUCCCCGCACUCGUUCAACGAAUCGCUUGCGAACAAAAUCAUGAGAAACUUCAAGCACCAUAUCUAUCAG